AUGACAGAUAUGACUGGUAAACAGAAUGUUGAAAAUUUUCUAUCUAAAUUUCGUGAUCCACAAACUCAUCGUUUUCAUUCAGUUACUGCAUUAGACUUUCUUAAAUGUUGGCAACAUUACGAUACAGAUGGAAAUGGUUAUUUAGAAGGUGAAGAAUUAAAUGGAUUCCUACGAGAAUUCAUCACUAGUGUAAUACCUGAUGAAAUUGGCAGUGAAAUAAUAUCGGAAACAGCAAUGCAACAAUUAAUGACAGAAGUUAUGGAUGCAUACGAUGAAAAUAAUGAUGGACGUAUUGAUAUUAAUGAAUUAUGUCAAAUAUUACCUACUGAAGAAACAUUUUUAGCUUUAUUUCAAAUAGAUACACCAUUAUCUUCUAGUGUGGAAUUUAUGCGUGUAUGGAAACAAUUCGAUACAGAUUUAAGUGGUUCAAUUGAUUCAAAUGAAUUAAAAAAUUUCUUAAAACAUUUAAUUGUUAUUUCAAAAGUUGAAGUAACAAAUGAAAAAUUAGAUGAAUAUACAGAAACAUUAAUCAGAUUAUUUGAUCGUAAUGGUGAUGGUAAGUUACAAUUAAGUGAAAUGGCUAGAUUAUUAAGAGUAAAAGAGAAUUAUCUUAUUAAACCAUUAUUUAAUAAUAAUAAUUGUUUAGAUGAUAGAACAAUUGAUAGAAUAUUUCGAAAAUAUGAUACUGAUAGUAAUGGUGUAUUAGAAAAUGAAGAAUUAAUGGGAUUUUUAAAAGAUUUAUUAGAAGCUAAUGGUGAAGAAGUGAAUGAAGAAGGUUUAAAAAUUAUGAAAGAAGGUAUUUUAAAACAAUGGGAUAUUAAUAAAGAUGGUAAAAUUGGUCGACAAGAAAUUAAUGAUUUAAUUUUACAAACAGUUCAUAUAUUACAAGAAAAAGAACAUUUAAAAAAAGUCAAUAAUUUAUAAAUAAACUGGUUAACAAUUAUUUUAUUGUUUCUCUUCUCUUUACUUUACUUUCUAUUCAUUAAUACUACUACUACUACUACUACUAAUAAUAAUAAUAAUAAUAAUAAUAAUAAUGAUAAUGAUAAUAAUAAUCUAUUAAUACAGUUUUUUGCGACGAGAAAAAAAGAAAAGAAAAAAAAAGAAAAUCACAAUAAAGUAAUUCAUCUAACCAAAUGAUUAUCUUUUAUUUAUUUUGAUCAUUUUCUUGCAAAUGAAAUGUAAUUCUUAAUAAAUGAAUUUUGUUAUUCCUGUUUUCUAUAUAUAUCCAUUCAAUUCACAUCAAAAAAAUUAUUCUAUGUUAAUUAAGUUAUAUUAAACAUUUAUUCAUUCUGAAAUAGUUCAUAGAAUAUUGAAUUCAUGAUAUUCAGUAAAAUAUUUUUUUUAAUGAAGUUUUGUUCUCUAAGUUAAAUGGUUUGUUCAUGAAAUUUUCAUUGUUCUUCUGAACGACAUCUAUCAGUAAAAUGAUAUAACUUAUUGAUCCUAUGAUUAUAAACCAUAAUCUUGAUAUAAAACAUAAAUGUGAUGAAAUUCAAAAACCAAACGAUAUUGUUAAUAAUUUAUUACUAUACCCAUUAUGAUCCUGUUUCCCAGAUUAUUUAAACUAUUCAUUUAUCUUGAAAAUUAACUUAUGUAAUAGAUCUUUUGGAUGUAUAUUCAAUUUGUCAGUGGAAUUCUUUGCUAAAAAAAGAAAACUAAACACAAUUAAGAAU